AAUAUUUACAAUUCUCACAUUGGCAAAGAUGGCGUCCAACAAUCGUGAAAAGCUCCCAGUAGCUGAAAACCUGGAGGCUAUCCAGGCGCGCAUUGAUUUAGCUAUUGCGAAGCAGGAUGCAAUGGUCAAGAGCUGGGUAGACAAGUUCGACACGAGCAAAUGUGCCCCAUCGAAGACGAAGGAAGAGAUCGAGGCCUGGGAUGCGGAGCUUUUCAACCCAAUGCCUUCCAACUUGGGACUCGGCGCCCCAAUUCCCAAGGAAUACCUAAAUGGCGACAUAAACCGGAAAGACAUCAGCGGCAAUAGCAAACUGCGAAGCCUCAUGAUGGGGAAAAAAGCUGGUCUGCAAGCCGCCAAACUGCGCGAUGCGGAAGAAAAAGCUAGCAGUAUGAAGCGUGGGCUGAAGGAAGAUACAAGUGAUGACGAGGAAGGCCGGUCCAAUCUAGGGAGGUCGAAGAAGGCCAAACGCGAGGUUGCGAAGGCAGCUGCUCUCAAAACUACGGCGUUCAAAGCUGUGAAACAGACGAAGCCGCUUCCGCUCCAGCAAAAAGCUCAGUCUGCUGGCGAGAGCGACGACGAGGAUAGUCGCGCUACUUCCCAAGCACCACAAACCGACUCUAACCCCAAGGUCACAAAGCACACAGAAACGACUUCCUCGAUCACGUCCACCUCCGAACCUCCAAAUAUACCGGCUGUCGCCAAGAAGAAGCUUUCAAUGAAAGCAGAUACUCCAGCUACGGCCGCUAUAAACCCUCUACUAUCCGCUGAGGCCGAGGCGAGAAGAGAGAAGAAUCGCAUGAAAAAGGCGAAACAGAAGCAGAGGAAGCGGAAAGAGAGGGAACAAGCACUGGCAGGAGCAGGUUCUGCCAAGGAUGCUGCUAAAGAAGAAUAACUUCCUGGCUUGGAGAUAGGCUGGGUGGGCUGGGCCAAGCUUUGCCAGACUGUUUGAAGAGAUACUAGGCAAGCUGAAUCAAGCUUUGCCAGACUAUUUGGAGAUAUUCUGGGCGAGCUGAACCAAGCUUUGCCCAACUGUUUAGAGGGAUACGGCAUAUCUCAGUUCGAGAAUAGGACUGUUCCAACGUAUCAUUACAAUUGGAGCUUGGAUAGUCCUGGCAAUCGAGGGGAGUGUAAAGAAUAGCACAUAGCACUUAUAGACAAACAUCGUUAAACGUUAUCCAACCCACAGAAAUCUGAUUU